AUUUUAUUGCUCCAGAGAACCAAGAAUGGAGAAUGGAGAUUUCCUGCAGGAAAUAGAUUCGUCUGCCGAAGAAUCAUCCAGUUCACCGGAUCUACAGAUAGAGGUUAUCCAUUUGUUCCUAAAUGUGACUCCUUUGCUGAAACCCGUAGGCCGCAGCAUCUCCUCAGGAUUUGACUUGAAGUGGUACUUCAUCAACGUGUCCUCCGUUUCUCGUAGGAAAAUGCGAUACUACAUUAACCUCACGCGCUGCCCCAACCAAUUGCCAAAGGUCCUUUUGAACACCCUCAAGUAUGCGAACCAUCCAAAGUGGACAGCCAUAUUCCUGUCGACUGCGCCACAGGACUUUUAUUACUAUAAAUCCCUUUUCCCAAUGGUUUCCAUUGCGACUGGGAUGCCCACCGAUCGGACAAGAAACUUCAUCAAACAGGAGUGCACCCUUAAAAGGCCUAGAGCUCUGCGGUUCAACGCCAAAAAAAUUAAGCAACAUUCACUGCAGUUCGAUAAUAAAAACUUAGUAACGUAA